GUUCAUUCACAUUUCCUUCAGUUCUUCCCGACGCAUGUGGAUUUUUUUGUACUUGGCUUGGGUGGCUCGGGGCGAUGUCUACCUCCACAACCCUAGAGGUUCCAACAACAAGUGCCUCGGUGUGCGGUGCGCGACGGUGCGCCGGCGGUGCGGUCUUGUACGUCGUUACGUCUCUGAGGCUCAGCGAGCAGUCCAACAAUGCUCAGAAUCAGAACCGGCUCUUCGAUUCGCAGAACAAUGCUGCUGGUGGAUACCAGAUCGGUGACAACUGCAAUCCGGUUUGCCAGGAUGAGGAUCGGAACUAUGAUCAGACCAAAGAGGGUGCCAUGAAGGGGACGAUGACGUUUUACAAAGGCUCUGAGCUCUACAUCGAAUGGGUGGUGCAGCACGGCUGCGGAGUGAACCAGCCAAACAUUAUUUGCCAGAUGGUGUUGCAGUACAUGUGUGAGAAAGACAAUCCGGCCUUGCGUGAUGGCACGAAGCGUGGCAAUGACAACACAGCGGGCGGAGAAGAGGAGCCGCCAACUGCCAUUCAGGCAAAUGAACCAGCUUUGGGACAACAUGAACCAUUGAGUUUCUACCUUGAUUGCAAGGCGCAUGAACGUCAGAAAGGCUUGUACACAGCAGAUCAAAAUGUGAACAACGACCGGGGCGCCACAGCCACGAGGCAGAACCCCAACGGCAACAACGCGAACAACCGACAUGGUUUGGAAUGCCCCGAGGAGAGGGACUACUACCCCUAUUGGCAUCCAACCCCUUGGCAUGACAUUGCAAUCAUCACAGAUGAAUCGCCUCGGCGGUGCGAGUACUACCAAAAGGAAUCCCAAAAUGUGCACAGCAAAGGCUAUUGCAGCGAACCAGAGCACAACAACCCUGAAUCUUGCCAAGAUGCUGGUGCAGAGUGGAAAGAGAUGCCUGCCUUUAAUGAGCCAGCACCGGACUGCGUUGCAGGGGUCUCCUCCCGGGACAAUCACAAUGGCAAUGCACGAGGAGGAAGGCCUAACUACUACUUGUGGAGGAUACCUGACCACAUUGAGGAGGGUAGGUGUGUUCUCCGCUUGCGAUACAACAUGACCAGCGGUGACUUUCGUCAAAGUGCUCUGGCCACCCAGAAUGGCCCCGCCACUGGAAGCCUGGAUGCGGGAGACGACUACUUCCACGUGAACAAGGCCAUGAACGAUCCCGCUCCAGGCCAACGCCGCCGAACAGUUUUCAAGGGUGGACCUCCCAUUCUUCCGCAAGAUCCAGUGGGAGACUGGUUGGAUCUUGGAGAGGACUACCGCUUGCAGCUGCAGGUCAAUACCAACCAGUAUGGCCGGACCUUCGAAGAUAGGACACAUACCUUCUUCGUUAGGAGCCGGCCUGCUGAAGUGAGUAGUUCGGCUCGCAUUGUCAACUACAAUGUGCGUGGUCGACGAGGAAAUAUUGUCCAGGUGUACCCUUCUGUAGAAUAUGAUUUUGUGCCCCAGGAGCUCACCGUGGAAGUUGGGGAUUACUUGCACUUCCAAUGGACUGGCUCUGAUGCAAACGCGAAGGGCAACGCUGGGAAUGGUCGGCAAAGUACGGACCGUUCGAACCUUGUGCAGCUGGCCGACCGAGAGGAGAACGUUCCACUACCCUGGAACGAACACACUUUGCUCUACAACGCAAUAGCAAAUCCAACAGCUGAAGGAAAGGCUUUGCUUACAAGGUUUGCGUACCUUGACCAGCGGCCGGAUUUAUGCGAGAUUGAUGACAAUGACCAGAAUUCGGUCCAGAAUUGCAAGCAGCUCAAUGGUGCGACGGCAUAUUUUGAUGGAGGUAUAGUGCAGAUGCAGACCGUUGGCCAACAUAAGGUCGCUAGUACACGGAACAAUGACUUUUCCAACAGAUCGCAGAAGGCAACCAUCCAUGUGAUCCCGCGCAGUUGGAGCACUGGGGAGGUGAUUGCUCUGGUGGCUGGGUUGGCCGUGUUUUGCAUGGUGGUUGCAUACUUAUGCGCCGCAGUGUACGCCUACAAGAACCCUUCUUCUUGGCUCUUCUCCAAGAGGCAUCGCCCCCGCUUGUGUGUUCUGCGCUACUUAGUUGGGCAGCAACGGCUAAAUGCUGCCAUUGAGAAGCGCAAAGAAUGGAAGCGGGAAGAACGCGCGAAAUGGAAAGCCCUGAACGCAGGUGUGUCAGAAGAGAAGGAAGACAAAACGAAGGAAGCGAAGGGGGAGGGACUUCAGGCAGAAAAGGUGGAAGACAAAGACAUGGCAGAUCCGAGGAGCAAGAGCUCAAGGUUUGUUGCUUGCUUGGUGCACAUGGGCUUAGGAGAAGGACAGCGCGUGGCGAUGCUGGUGUUGAUUCUGUUGAACUUGGCCUCGUUUGUGGGGGGCUAUAUGAUACAUGUAGGACUUGGCUUCCAGGAGUCCUUCGCAUUUCCACUGGCCAAAGGGGCCGGUUUUGCGUUAGACAUGGAUUUGGCAAUCUUGUUGCUACCGACUUUGAAGAGUUUGCAAACAGCACUUCGUGGCAAAGGCGGCCGUGCGAGGGAGUGGAUUCCUUUGGACGAUCCCAUCUCUUUCCACAUCGCUGUGGCGACACUUGUUGCCAUCAACAGCUUCAUUCAUAUUUGUGCCCACUUCAUCCAUAUGGGCCAGAUUGCAUCAUCCCCAAAGUUUCAGAGUGAUCCCUUGGAAGCCUGGGAUCUCACCAGUGAGGAACUGGUGUCUGGAACAUCGGUGGAAGCAUUGCUGCUAACACGUGCCAACUUCACAGGCUUGCUGAUUACAUCCUUGAUGUUCGUGAUCUAUGUGACGGCAUUGCCCUCGGUGCGAAGAGCCACAUGCUGCGUGGCGCGACGUUGUGGUGGCUUUCGCCUAUUUCAGCAGGCUCAUUCCAUUUGGCCUAUUGUGUAUCUCUUGCUCUUGAUCCACACCACACCAAGGUUUUGGAUUUGGAUGUUUUUCCCCGCGAUCUUCAUGGCGGUUGACCGCAUUCUCCUCACCCAGCGACAGCGCUAUCCUGCUGUCCUUGUCUCCGCCCGGCUCCUGCUGUUCGACGUGAUUCAUCUCACCUUCGAAAUCCCCGAGAACUUCACCUACCAGGCAGGCCAGUAUGUGCACUUAUACUGGAAGGGCGAAUGGCAUCCAUUUACUUUGACUUCUGCUCCUGAGGAGAGACAUUUGACGUUGCACAUCCGUGCCAGCUCAUCGCUGGAUUGGUGUUCCGCUUUGCGGCGCCAUCUGAUGGUGGAGGCUCCAAAGGCCCAGAAUGAGAGCUCGGAGGCUAAAGAGCCAGACCCGGGCACCACGGUCGAAUAUGAGAAACUGGUACUGCCCAGUGGCAGAGUGUGUUGCAAGGCGCAGCCGUUGACGAAAAGCUCAUUUAAGGGCAUUGGGUCUUCUGACAAAGUCUCCUUGGAUGUGUCCUUUGAUCGAUCACGACGGCAGGCAUCAACCGUGCGAGACCGUGCGGAGAGCACCCGGACAGAGGAUUCCGUGGCGCUCAUGGAAAGAGCGAAUCUUCCUCCUGGGACUGUGGAGUUGCAGCUUCAGGGCCCCUUUGGAGCUCCUGCCCAAAGAGUUUGGGAGUUCAAGACUGUCAUGGUCGUCGGUGCUGGUAUCGGUGUCACACCUUUUGUUUCCAUCCUUCGUUCCGUGCAGAUGCGCAAGCAACAGCAGCAUCUUCUUUACACUGCAGGAGACGUCGAGGCCGAAGGCACGGCAUCGAAGAGACGUACGAGGCGAGAGGCAGCUCACUGCAUGGCCCCCGAGGCACCUUGGAGCGACUCUGCCGGAGCAGUUUCUGCGGACGCAACGAGGGCUGAAAGCUCUAUGGAGAGGACACUGGAGACGCCCGAAAAGGAAAAGUCACCGAAGAAGAAGAAAGUCACCAAAACAGAAGUUCCAGGCAACUCGAGCAGCACUGGUGGCAUCCUUGGCUUGGCCGAGAUCACUCCCAGUGUCGUGGGCGCUAGGACAGAAGAAGAAAUUGAUGAGAAACCGACUCGAACUGCCAUGCCUUCGCAAACUCGAGCCAAAGCAGCGCCCCGCACUGACAAGGUCAGCUCAGACCAAGCGAUGAUCGAGCGUCUUGUGACAGAAGUGAUUCCGGUGCCAGAACGGAUCCACUUCUAUUGGAUUGUUCGGAACCAGCAGGAGUUGGAUUGGUUUUACGACUUGCUUGCUACAGCAGUUGAAGGUCCAGCGAAGGAUUUGGUUGAAGUGAACCUCUUCACAACCGGUGAGGUGGAGCUCUCUGCGGUGAAGCAGUUGAAAUGCGUUCAUCACCAGUAUUUUGGACGCCCCAAUUGGAAUAGAAUCUUCAAAGGCUGCAAGGCUCAGCACAUGGGUGACCACAUUGGUGUCUUCCUUUGCGGGUCGCCAGUGAUUGGCCAAGAGUUGGCGCGGCAAAGUGCAAAGCACAGUGACCCACCAGAUCAGCAGUGCAGAACGCGUUUCUCCUUUUUCAAGGAGCAUUUCUGAGAUGGGUUCAGAACUCACCAGUGCAAAGCAACUUGGUGUCGCCGUUCCCUCUGCAAGAA